AUGGCUUCUUCCACAGGCUUCAAAAUUUUCUUACUUUUAGCUCUUUUCAUCACUUCAUGCAUAGCUCAAUCCCCUGUUCCAGCACCUAAAAUCUCCCCCACCGCUUCACCAACUCCGACACCGGCGCCGGAAAUGUCGCCGCCGACUCCAACUCCGACCACCUCACCGACUCCAUCCCCAGCACCUUCAUCAAACACUCCAUCACCUUCACCACCAUCUCUCCCUGUUUCACCACCUUCACCAACCCCCGCCGGACCUGGUGCUUCUCCGCCAGGUCAGCCCGUCGCCGACGUCCCACCGGCACCUAGCUCCAGUAACAGAGCCGUCUUUGGUGGAGCUGCAUUUGUUGGAGCUCUCAUUGCUGUUGCUUUGAUGUAG